UUUGGCGGAAUGACAUGGCUAUAAAAUUAGAACAAAUUUAGUGAAGCAAAUUGAACAUAUCAACAUUAUUAAUUAUUUUUUCAAUUUGUGUCAUAUGAUAUGAGACCGAUUAAAUUUUGUAAACAGAUCUCGAAGCAUUCCGUUCUCACCGAACAAUCUCGAAGAUGAUCGUAAUUAUAACUCGGGGGAUUUUCAAAUUGGGAUUUUCGAAAAAAAAAAGUGUCAGGAAUAAGAAGUCAGUCCUUGGAUCAUAAGAACAACACAAUUAUAAAGAAGCCCGGCCAUUAUUCUAAGCAUUGCCAAGAUGAAUUUGCUUUCUCCAGUGAUGAGAUUUAUAGUCUCAACAAUGUUGAUACAACUGGCCUUACAAAUGUGUUGGGCAUGUCUAGAUGGAUUCAGAAAAUCCACAGAAGGAAAAUGUUUGGAGACAACGAUUUGUUAUCCAGGAGAGGGCUACAGAUUAGGGGAUGGCUCGAUGACGAAUCCAAAAGACAUCUGUUACAAAUGCCCAAAUGGAACGUAUAACAGAGAUAUAAUAGAUACUGCUAAGUUGGAUAAUAUUCAGCUGGAUGUCUGUGCUCCUAUAGACUGCUCAUGCGGCCAUGAUGGAACCAUUAUUAAAAAUGAUGACAGUUGUGAGAAAGGUGAAGAAAAAAUAUGUGUAUGCGACAGGGAGCACCUGUUCUACGGAUGGGAUCCUUUGGCAUGCCAAAGGAUGGAAGAUCAGAGUUUAAUUUCUAGAAUAAAGAGACCUGGGAACGAGCUCACCAACUCUGGAGAAGUGCAGAGGUGUCGGAAGGGGUACUUCAAAACAUCAGGAGACCUGAGCAUCUGUAAACCCCACACAAGCUGUGCAGCUGAAGUGGGACUCCGUGUGAAGGUUGAGGGAACAGCCACUUCUGACGCCGUGUGUGAGAAUGCGACCGAUGUUCCAUCAUCAAGGGAGAUUACUUCUUACCCUCCCAUUGACGAAAUAGUAACCAAUAACGUUACUUAUCCCACUGAUGAGGAACCAGGAAUGCCUGGACAUGUGUAUGCAAUACUGGCUGUAAUUGGUCUGUUAAUUCUGGUCAUCAUUACCAUUUGUUUUUGUGCCUACAGAUAUCCAGAGCACUUCCCGUGUCUUCAAAGUCUAAUCGAAAAAAUCAAACAAAGACAUCUUCUGAGAAGAAAUGAGCCUGACACUCCAAGAGAUGAACAUUUUAUCCACAUUUACCAGGAUAUAAAUGAAGUUGUAGUUGACCAGUGUCAACCCAGUGAUGAACUUACUGAUUCUUCUGAACCCAGUAGUGAUCUCCCAUCUUAUGUACGAAAUGACGCUUUCAGUAGACCAGAGACAUUAGGUAAUUUGGAUUCAUGUGGUUCAGAAACAUCAUUAUUUAAACCAUUUCCAAAUCCCAGUUUUCCAGUUGACACUUCCCAUGGUGGUGGAAGACCGAUAGGAAGUGUUGCACCGAUGGUGCAGGAGAGCAUUAACUCAGUGAUUCAUCCAUCGAAUUUAGCUAGUCCCUCAGAGAAUGACCGUGGGGAGCUAAUGGUAUCAGGUCAAAGGGCCAGAGAUGAUGAUGGGCCACUUAGUGAACAAUUGGAUAGUGGGCUUGGAGAACAAUGAGGACAACACAACCAGAUUUUGAACAGUGAUAAAAUGAAUUGAAGAAUGUGUGAAAAUUAAAAACAGACUAUGAGAUAAACUAGGACUUUGAUUGAUCCCACAAUCAAUGCUUCCAUGGAAAUACUUCGUUACGCUCCAGAUCUCAGCCACCCUGCUAGAUGACCAAGCACCUCAGACGGGCACAAGCGUCAUCUUGCAAGAUGGGCAUCAGGCGAAUAUGAAAAGAAGGUCAUUGGAAAAAAAAUAUGUUACGGUCACAAAGUUCAGCAUCAAAUGAUACUGCUUGUAUUAUAAAAGAUGUAUGAAUAUAAAGUUCUAAGAGGGCAUGCAUGGUCACAAAUUUUACUUUUUUAUUUUUAUUAUUUACAAUACUUUAGAAAUGCAUUUCUAAUGAUCAACCAAAAUUUGAGUGUCAGUCUUAAAGUUAUAAACGAAGAUAGAGAGCUAAAAAUUCUUUGUCAUGUAAACAUUAGGCUGUUUACUGUUUUCGUUUACAUAUAGACAGGUUAAGGUUCUUUUCCAAGCUAAUUUCUAUCUCUUUUAAUUCGUUUUAAGCAUAAAUUACUUUUAAAUAGUUCCUACCAUUUAUAAUUCAAUAUAACUCUAAAAAAACUGAAAUUUUCACUUCAACUUUCAAAAACGUAAACAAUAUCAUGACGUAAGCAAUGUUUACAUGACAAAUAAUUGUGAGCUUUGUAUCUCGCUUAUAGCACGUCUGACACUCAAAUUUUGGUUGACUAUUAGAAAUGCCUUACUGAAGAAUUGUAAACAUCAAAAAACGAAAAAUAAUUUUCUACCAAAAUCAGAACAAUGCCCCUUUAGAGAUGUUAGAAAUCAAAUUGUAGAAAGUACCCUGACCAAAUUCAUUUUGAAGGGCAACAACUUGAUUCUACAUACAUCUGUGAAAGAAACAGUGCAGUAAUUCAGUAUGUCUGUUUUUGAAGGUCAGUUUUAAAGCUAUAGUAAUUUGUUGAUCAGCAAUGGUUCUAUCCUGAGCUCUAAGGCACUGAUACAAGUACCAGUAAUUAAAUCUGAGGGGAGCAGAGGAUUCUGUGAUAAAUAAGAGUACAAGUCUACUACAAUACAGCACUACUGGCAAACUUAUAGGUCAUGAUGCUAAGUUGUUAGUUGUUCUAAGUAAAUGCAGAGAAGACAAACACCAUCCAAUUUCAUAAAUACAGAGGUUGUAUGGUAAAGAAUUGAACUUUUUUCUGAUAGAAACUCAACCAAGCAGUCAGAACUAUUUAAAAGCAAGCAGGUAUACAGUGUAUGUCUAAGACAACUCUCUUUAGCAGAAGCAUACAUCUAUUAACCUCAACUGAGACUAUAUACAAAUACUGGAACAGUACCUUUAUGAUUAUACAGCCCACAAAAGUGGCAAUUGCAUAUUACCCUUAAUACUAAUUGAACAGCAUCUUCCAAAUCCAUAACAAUACUAUAAGGGCAAUGAUACACCAAUGACAAUUUUUGUGUCAAAGGUCAAAACUUUCAGAAUCUAGCUAGAUUAGAUUUCAAAAUACAGACAUUGGCCCUUUUGGCAAAGUUGAUACAAUGUAAACCUUCAUAUCAUAAUACCAAUCGUUUUACAUUUUGGUUAUAAAAUCCAUGGGCUCUGUUACCAACUUUAUUGUCCAAGCAAUGCAUUUAUAAUGUUAAGUUAGAAGCGUGGGCCCCUUUAUUGAACAAGUAUUUAUAUUAAACCUCCCAUACCAAUGUUUGGUUAUAUCAUGUAUAUAUAUUUGUCCAUCUUCAUACAAAAUAUGUUGAUUUCUUUUUCUUUCCCUUUGAAUAUUCUUAUCCUGAUCAUGCACAUGCAAUUUUUUAAAUGUACAAACCAAUUUAUGUUUUUAAAUUUUUAGUGUUUGUUUUUAUACCAACUUUUCUAAUUUGUGUUUAACAUAAUUAUGUGUUGAGUUUUGAACAAAGCUUUUGAGAAAUGCUUUAAUUUAAUAAAUAUGUUUUAUUAUGAAAUAUUGAUUUUUUUUUAAUAUGCAAUGUAUAUUGAACUAUAUUCACAUAUAGAUUGAUUUGGUUUUUGCACCAGGUUCUUUUAUCAUAGUGUAAACAAAAAAAUUGUUAUUUAUUGCAAACCAUAUUCAAUUGCAUGGUUGAUAGACAUCAUUUUUAGAGUAAAGUGAUAAACAGUGAUAUUUAUAAUCAGCAUUUUAUACCCAUAAUUUAUUAUUUGUUGGAUCACCGAUAAUUUUUUUUAAAAAUCAAAUUUAAACAAAUUCUAAUCAUAAGUUCUGAGAAUCUGAUUUUUAUACGGCAAUAUAAUGAAUUAUUAUUAUGGUUAUCUGUUAUUUCUUUCAUACACUGUUACCAUCUAAAAUGAUAUUGCUAUAAUAUUUGUCUUUCUUGUUGAUGUUACAUGUACAGUUUCAUGAAUUAUACAUGUAUCUGGAUAUUUGGGCAUCUCAGGGAAGCUAUUAAGUAGAAAUGUUAUGACAGUUGAUCUUUUAUAUCUCUUGUUAAUUUAUCAACAGAGGAUUUUUUUUCUACAAAUGAAAGAUAAUUUCAUUGCUCCCUGACCUUGCCUUUGUCUUUCCUCUAGUCAUCUAUUUUCAGUUAUCCAUUUAUUCCUUGUUUCUAACUGUUCAUGAUAUAGCCAUUGUUUUGUUUUCUUUUUCAAGGUAAUAUUAAAUACAUCAAAUGU